GGGAGGGUCCUGUGUAAUUCCCGUGUUAGAAGGGGUGUGAUGCGAAGAUGGCGGCUCCCUCAGAGUUGUUUUGCUGGAAGGGCAGCUGGGGCUUACCUUCAGUCGAUACGGACAGUCUUAUUGUUCUGGCAUAUGCACGCUUUGCUGGCGCACCCCUGAAAAUUCACAAGAUCUCCAACCCCUGGAGGAGUCCAACAGGCAUUCUCCCAGCCCUGAAGACCAAAGAGGAGGGGAGCUUCUCUCAACCCAGCAAGAUCAUCAUCCAGCUCAGGAAACAGAAAUACAAUGCAGACUAUGACCUGUCAGCAAAGGAAGGAGCAGACACUCUUGCGUUUAUCUCCCUGCUGGAGGAAAAGCUGAUGCCUGCUCUGAUUUACACUCUGUGGAUUGAUCCUAAGAACUAUGUGGAGGUGACACGGCGCUGGCAUGCAGAGAACAUCUCCUUUCCCCUCAACUUCUUUCUGCCAAGCCGUAUGCAGCGACAGCAGCUAGAGAGAGUGAGACUCAUGCAGGGAAACAGCACCUUGGAGGCCGGCGAGGAGGCUGAGAAAGAGAUGUACCAUGAUGCACAAGAGUGCAUGAAUCUUCUGUCUCAACGCCUUGGCUCCAACAAAUUUUUCUUUGGGGAUUCGCCCUCCUCUCUUGAUGCCUAUGUGUUUGGUCACUUGGCCCCUCUUCUGAAAAUCAAGAUGCCCAGCAGCAGACUGCAGCAGCAUCUGAGGUCACUGGACAACCUGAACAGCUUCUGCUGUAAUGUCCUGUCCCUCUACUUCCCCAGCGAGAGUCGAGAGGGAGUAGGACGGCCAGCAUCCAACGCUCAGCAGGGGAGUGACUUUGAUCAUGAGCCGUAUAAGAGACGCAAACAGCUGCUGUCCGUCCUGGUGGCUGUAGCAGCCAUGUUGAGCUACGCUCUCCUCACAGGCAUUGUCGCUAUUGAGCACGUGCAGGAGGAGGUACCAAAACAAGAUACUGCCAUGAGAGCAGUUUACGAGGAAGAGGAGGAGUGAGGAGGGAAUAGUAGAGAACAAAUGUGUGCACUUAUUUUAUCCAGGUGGGCAGAGAAUUCACUGAUGAUUUGCAUGCCAAAAAAAGAUCAGUUUCACGUGUCUGACCUGAGAGAGAAUUAUAAAUGUAAAUUGUAAACCACGGCUUUGGUUUGAUUUCUCCAGCAUAUACAGUAUGACAAUCAUUUAUGCUGCUUUUUCCAGUGCUUGUUUUCUUUUUUUCCUGACAUGGUGCUACACAUUGUGGUAUAUUCAAUUUUUUUUUUUUACUUUUUAACAUUACCUGCUCAUAAUCCAGUAUAGCUGACUUGAAAUUGAUUUUUGUGUACAUGUGUAAAGGUCACCAGGGUACUCAGCAGGAGAUGCUCAGUAUUCUGUAUUUGUGUACAUACAGCGCCCUCCACAAUUAUUGGCACCCCUCGUUAAGAUGUGUUCUAAGGCUUCUAAUAAUUUUUUUUUUUUAAUAAUGUAGGACAACAAUGCAAAGGAAAAGAAAAAUCCAACCUUAAAUUCAAUUGCAUUUAUUCAGUGGGAAAAAAAUUCUACAUUAAGAAAUAAUUCUUUUACAUCUUUUAAAUCAUCUGUGCCACAAUUAUUGGCACCCCUGAUGUUAAUACUUCGUACAACCCCCUUUUGCAAACAAGACAGCACUUAAUGUUCUCCUAUAACAUUUCACAAGAUGGGAGAAUACAGAGAGAGGGAUCUUCGACCAUUCCUCUCUGCACAAUCUCUCGAAAUCGUCCAGAGUCCUGGAUCCUCUCCUAUGCACUGUCCCCUUCAACUCACCCCACAGGUUUUCAAUUGGGUUGAGGUCUGGGGACUGAGAUGGCCAUGGGAGUAGCUUGAUUUUGUGUCUGGUGACCCAUUUUUGUGUAGAUUUGGCCACAUGUUUAGGGUCAUUAUCUUUCUGAAAGACACAGUGAUGACCCAUCUUCAGCUUUCGGGCAGGGGCCACCAGAUUUGGAUUUAAAAUGUCCUGGUAUUUCAAAGUGUUCAUGAUGCCAUGCACACUUCCCAGGGCCAUUGGAAGAGAAACAGGCCCACAGCACCACCGAUCCUCCCCCAUACUUCACAAUGGGUAUGAGGUGCUUAUCCGCAUACUCAUCUUUUGUGUUACGCCAGACCCACUUAGAGCGUUUGUUGCCAAAAAGCUCUAUCUUGGUCUCAUCUGACCAAAGCACAUGGUCCCGGUUGAAGUCCCAGUACUGCUUAGCGAACUUCAGACGUUUAUGUUUAUGCUUGUAAGUGAGAAAAGGCUUUUUCCGUGCCUGCCUCCCAAACAGCUUGUUUGUUAUGGAGACUUUGUGACCCCAAAAUGCUACUCUUUGAUGCAAAGUGAGCUUUGGAGAACUUUUUACUUCUCUUACCAUCCUCCUCACUGUGAGUGGUGGCAAGAUAAACUUGUGUUCUCGUCCAGGCUUGUUUGCCACUUUUGCAGUUGUUUUAAACUUCUUGAUGAUUCCUCUGACUGUAGAUAUGGGCAGGUGUAGGCGAGUGGCGAUUUUCUUGAAGCCAUUGCUUGACUUAUUGCCUGUAGCCAUUGCCUGACGCACAUCUGCCUGACUUAUUACCUGUAGCCAUUGCCUGACACACAUCUGCCUUACUUGAAUGGUGUGUUCUCUUGUCUUUCCCAUGUUGAAGAGUGGAUAAGAGAAACAGGCCUCUGUGUCACGUCAUAUUUAUACCCUAGGGAAACAGGAAGUGAUGAAUUACUAAUUAAAGGUUCCUGGAUACUCUGAUCAACUUUAUAAACUGGCAGUAGAAAUGACAGAAAUGCUUCAAUUACAUUUAUUUUCUAGGAAUUGUUGGGGGUGCCAAUAAUUGUGGAACAGAUGAAUUUAUGAAAAAUAAUGAUUUCUUAGUCAGGGUUUUUUUUAUUCACUUGAGUUAAAGGUUACAUUUUUCUACAGUUUUCAGUGUGAGAUUAUGCUUCUGAAAUAAAAAUUGAAUUUAUUUUAAGGCUUUUAACACAUCUUAACAAGGGGUGCCAAUAAUUGUGAAGGGUUUUGUAUCACAGUUAUCCAGAUUCCAUUUGUGGACCAACAACUAACAGAUGUGUCAAGAAUUAUUUUUCAGUUUGCUAUUUGUCUAGACAGAGUUUAUCAGUAGCUUUUAUUCAUAGCACUUGGAAGGCAAACUCUGUUGCCUUGUUCGUUGGAAACCUGACACAUGUUCCUGCUUGUACUGGCAAUGUCCUUGCCGUCUAAUUAGCAGUGGAGUGGUCAGGCAAUAUUGUGCAUCAUUUUGUUGUCAACAUCAUAAACAUAUUAUAUAUUAAACAUAUUAAACAACAUAUUAUAAACAAAUAUGAUGAAAAACAUUUUUGAAAAUCCCUACUUUUGCAGGAAAAAACUUGGUUUUGUCCUGAAAUAAUGGUGUUAGCAGUCAAAUUAUGAAUAAUGCUAAGUGCGUGCUACAAACAAGCUAACACUGCACAUUGACAUGAUGACACAUGACAGUAAGUCUGCUGUUAAACAUCAACAUUACUAAAUACCAGCACGGUCUGCUUAAAAACUGCUAAAACUGCUUGCAUGGAUUAAUGACCUAAUAGUUAAUAGGAUCUGGCAAUGUUCGAAAGAAAAAUGUCUGUACAGGCUUUGGAACAUUUUUUUUUUUGUUUCCCACAGUUUCCCAUUCAUAUUUUUCAUAGAGAAAAUUUACUUAGAGUUCUGGAGUUCCUAAUAUGGGCGUGAUGCUGACACAGAAUGAUGACACAGCUUCAGAAUGACAUUUGUAAUGUCCAGGGUAAAAAGUCUUUGCAGCUGUGCUUGUAUCAUUGAUUCAUUUGAUUUUUUUUAGUGCAUUUUUUUAUAUUUGCUUGUUCUAAUGGCUUUGAAGCACACUGUAGGUCAAUGUUUGAAACUGGAGCUUUAUUCAAUGACUGCCUGGUUGCAACAGAACAUGAGUAGUUCAUCAAUAAUUAUUUGUAAUAUGAAGCAUUUGCAUCCAAAAACAGUGUGUGUGACUUAGCAACACAGAUGAUUCCAAAAAUAUUUACCCAAUUGUAGCUCUAGGGUACAGGCCAGAAAACAAAGCUCUGUGCUCUUGCUUAGAGUUUUACUUUCAGUGCUAUACUUUAAGAAGCUGUGUGUAGUUUUUAAGUGUAUGUGCACUUCUGUGCUUGAGUUUGUAGGAGUGUUGAAAGAUAGUGUAUAUGUUUGCGGGACCAUACGUCAUUUUUAUAUCUCUACAGAUGCUUGGUAUGCAAAACCUGUUUCUCCUGCAAAAGUAAUAAACUAUCAGUCAAUAUAAUGCUUUUGUCACCAUGUCUGUACUGCUGUAGCCUGCUAAACUGUAUCCACAUCUGAUUCCAAAUCACAGUCAGCAGAAUAUGAAGUGAUGUAUGAUGAGGAUGAAUGUGUUUCAGUUUAAAAUGUGGUUUUAACUGUUUCUGGGUUUAGUUGUUAAGUACAAACCUCAAGCUGCUUAGUCUGGUUUGAGAGCACAGGCUUUCAAUAAAGUGAAGUGGAAGAUUUCUCUCCGGAAGCUAAUGGAAAGUUCUACUGCUUUUAUUCAUUAUUCCUGUCCCUCCUCUCCUGCUGGUGGUGUUUUGUAAAUAUAUCUAAAUAUAUUUUCUUAAUUUAUGGACAAAUAAAUGUGCUUUAAAACCA